AUGUAUCUUCCGAGGACGCUUCUCUCACAUCUCUACACGCACCUGGUCCGCAACACCCACCCACUUUCACCACCAGUCUUGAUCCUCGUAUCCCUCGACCCCGAUGCCCUCUGCGCGUGUCGAAUCCUCACAGCACUACUCAAACGCGACUAUAUCCCUCACAAAGUCCAACCAGUAGCUGGCUACAGUGAAUUGGCUGCUGCCGGCAAAGAUCUUGUGCUACCUCUGACGCGUCAACAUGGCGGCCAGGGUGGUAUUGUCGUCUGUCUAGGUGUGGGUGGUUUGGUUGACCUGGAAGAGAUGCUCGGCCUGGAUGGAGGCGAAGACCCCGAAACACAGAUGAACAUGUAUGACCAUGGUGUUGAGGUCUGGGUCGUCGAUGCAAGAAGGCCCUGGAACUUGCAAAAUGUCUUUGGAACUGGAGCCAUGGCUCCACCAGAGGAUCAAGAUACUGGCAUCACCCCAGCGAUUGCCAAGAGGAGGAGAGGUGUUGAUUCGGGCAAACUUCUGCCGUCCUACACACCGGGAAGAGGAGGAAUCAUCGUCUAUGACGACGGUGAUAUCGAACAAGAGUUGAACGCUGAGAAAGAGGCCUUCUGUGCUCUGCAAGACAUGCCCGACAUCGACGAAGAAGCAGACGAUGAUGAUCUUGAUGCAGAAAGUGAUGAAGAAGAUGCUGUCGAAGAUUCACAGACACGAAAGCGAAAGACAUGGAGUGAUGAUGAUGCAGAGGAAGAGGCCAUUAGCGAUGACGAUGAUGGUGAUAGACCAUAUCAAAGGCGGCGAAGUAACUCGAAUACGUCAAUACCUGCCACCCCUAGAUCACCAGCAUCACGACAUGAACGAUUGGAAAUGUCCAACCACCCUUCAUCAUCACAGCUUGGACCGGUCCCUUCAUCACCACCGCUACAACCCAGAGAGCCGUCAGCACGUUCACUGCGUCGUAAGCUUCUCAAGAUGAAGCGAAAGCACGAAGCCGUACUGGAAGCAUACUACUCGUUAGGAACAUCGUCAUCUGAGCCAAUAUCUUCAAUGCUAUACUCGCUCGCUUCUGAGCUUGGUCGUGAAGACAACGAUCUUCUGUGGCUAGCCUUGGUGGGUAUGUCUUCCACUGAGCUCUACGGCAGAUCNAAAACAACAAACUCCUCUACGCGUCAGAACCCAUGGAAUAUGAGCCGAGGAGACCAGAUUCGUGAUGUGCUUCGGGAUGAAGUACGACGUCUCAACCCUGUACCGGCUUCAGACAUUGCUAGAGAAAGAGAUGAAGCUGCAGGCAUUAUACCCAUACAUGCACGCUCACCAACAGACACUUCGAUCCGUCUGUCACCAGAGCCACGCUUCCUUCUAAUCAGACACUGGUCGCUGUACGAGAGCAUGCUUCACUCACCAUACCUGUCAUCACGGCUGCAUAUCUGGUCCGAUGCUGGACGAAGGAGACUGCACAAGCUUUUGGCAAAGAUNGGNGUGUCUCUCGCGGAGGCUGAAAAGGGUUACCAGCACAUGGACAUGGACCUCAAGCGUGGUCUCCGAGAACGCAUCCUGAAGUUUGCUCCUAUGUAUGGACUUGACGGGCUGGUACCACCAGAGAACAGCCACCUUCACAGGCAUGAAGGCUGGGGCUUCGUUCGCUCGUGGGGUUGGCAAGCCUGUCUCUCAGCUGUCGAUGUCGCCGUUAUUACAAGUGCCAUUCUCGAAGUCGGCACGGAACAGUCNUUUGAACUCAUCUCAGCAACCACACCACACUCCGAUUUCCGCAUGAAGGUCGUUUCUUCGAACUACAAUUCACGUAUGCAAGCACUGCCCACACCACCCACAUCACACAAUGGCGACUCAUCACCCUCAGCAUCUCAACUCGAGCACGAAGCCUCAAUCCUGGAUCCUGACUGGACAACUCAUCGUUUCUUUGCUGCUUACGACGCGUUAUCUCCUUCAUCAACUGCUCUUCAACUCUUGCUGUCCCACGUACCCACUGCACAGCACCUUCACAGAGCUAUACUUCGCACCGGCAGUACCUUGAUCUCAAAACACCAGAUCCGUCACUUACGCGCUUUCCGUAUGGGCGUCGUGCGUGAAGGACCAGACGUGGCUCUCUUCACUCACCCCGGUGCUCUAGUAAAGCUCGCCACCUGGCUCUCCGAAGCCAUCUCAGUGUUGGAAGCAGANAAGGGAGGCAAACGCACAGCAGACAACGCACUUGUUCUUGCAGCUCUUGAUGAGCGCAGAGGCGUCUAUGUCGUUGUCGGUCUGGGCGGUGGAGACGCAGCAUCAGGACGUGUUCGCAGCCGCGCAGAACAAAAAGCCCGCGCCGACAAGAAAGCAGCCCGUGAAGCUAAGAAGGCAGAAAAGAAAGCUCAAAAAUCUGUUCUGCGCGCUCAACGCAAACAAGAACGUCGUGAGCGCGACGAGGCAAAUGGCAUNUUUGCCGAAUCUGAUGAUGAAGAUGCUUCUGAUGCUGAAUCACUUGACUCUUCUGAUUCCUCGGACUCGGAAGAUGAUAGCGAAGAUGAAGAAGAGGCAGAGAAGAGAAAGCAGAGGGGAUACGGAAGUAACAAGUUUGGCUCAGCAUUCCAGGAAGUGGUCGAGGAGACUGGAGCUAGAGUAAGGAUCGAUUCAUUCGAACACGAGGUUGUCGAAGUCAAGAAGGAGGAUCUGAGUGGGUUUCUGGAGGCAUUGAGUUUCAAGGGCGUUGUAGGAUGA